AUGACCCAACAGGCCGCUGUAGAGCCGCCGAAAGAGCGAUAUAUCCCCAAUGGACUCAAAUUUGCUUUUGGGGGUCUUGCCGGUAUGGCAGCAACAUGUGUAGUACAACCAUUAGAUUUAAUUAAAACCCGCAUGCAGUUAAGCGGGGGUGGUAGAACCUCAUUUGCUGUGGCUGGUGAAAUAGUUGCUAGAGAAGGCUUUGUUUCUUUAUAUACUGGGCUAUCUGCAGGACUACUAAGACAAGCAACAUACACAACUACACGUCUUGGGAUAUAUAAUUUGUUAUUUGAUGCAUAUAAAGAGCGUAACGCAGGAGCUGCACCUGGCUUUGCAACGAAAACGUUUCUGGGCGUCACUGCCGGUUCUAUAGGAGCUUUCGUCGGCACGCCCGCUGAGGUAGCUCUCAUCCGUAUGACCGCUGAUGGUAGAUUACCGAAGGAGCAACGAAGAAAUUAUAAAAACGUUUUAGAUGCACUUUUAAGGAUAGUUCGUGAAGAGGGUGUUUUGAAACUAUGGCGUGGAGCCACGCCCACUGUGGGGCGCGCCAUGGUCGUCAAUGCCGCACAGCUCAGUACUUACUCGCAGGCGAGGGAAGUGUUUGUGGCAUACGUUCCUGACGGUAUAUUCCUGCACUUCUGCGCCUCCAUGGUGUCUGGUCUGGUCACCACCAUCGCUUCUAUGCCUGUCGAUAUCAUAAAGACUCGAAUACAAAACGCAGCCAAAGGCCAAUCCCAAUUGACAAAUGAACGCUGCCUACUUCAAAUAUAUGUAAAAGGUGAUCGUGGAUAUGAAUGUUGUGAAAUGGUCAAGAUAGAUACA